AUCUUUUAGAAUGCGUACUUUCUUUAUAUUUUCAUUGAUUUUCUAUAUAUUUGAGGUAUCGUCUGCUAAACCAUUGUCUUUAAUUGCAGAACAAACCAGGGACACAGGGGAAGCAGAGUAUGAAGGCAAUGAAGAAACCGCGGCCGAGGAUUAUCAACAAGAUUCUGACCAAGACUCUUCAGUCGACACUCAAGAGGGAGCCAACAACAAUGGUAGACGAGAAGCCGUACAAGACAAUUCACGUCUACCAGAUCUAAAUAAUAACCCAUACAAGCAACACACAAACAAUUUACAACGGGGACAUCUUAACAAUUUUGACAAUUUUCCAGAAAUAUCCGGAAUCAGCAGAGAUGCUCGAAAUGACAAAAUUUCGAGGACAAAUGUAGAUUCUAACAGCAAGUCUGGUGGAAGAUAUCGUCAGCCUGAUACUUACUCUGAAAACAACGAACAAGAAGCCAGACAACAUUUUAAUGAUAACGCUUUCAAAACGAAUCGUGCCCAAAAUUUAGGUUUUGAUAAUAAUAUUAAUAAAAGGGCUAUGCUACCACCGGGUGCGAGUGAUGAAGGUGAUUUACUAUUUGAAAAUAAUAGGGACCAACUGAAUAAACUAGACAAAAGCGGAUACGCAAGAGAAGGUGAGUCGGGCUUGCAACCACGUUUUUUCAAACACCAAACUUACAAUGUGCCUGGGGAGAAUAAAGAUGCGCCAGAUUUUAAAAGAUAUGAUAAAUGGCGUUUAAAUCGCAAUAGACGUCAAACGCCAAAGUCUAAUUUGAAAACGAAUGAUGAAGCGAAUGAAUCGACUCCUUCGGAUAGUAAAGAGAUAGACUUGGUUAAUGAAGACGAGGAGUCUGCUAUAAAACGACAUGUCAAAAAAUUGUCCGGACCAGAACUCGAGGAGCUUUUUAAUACGCUCUCUGAUGACAAAAGAAACUUACUGAAAAAAAUUAUAGACAAUGAUUCCGAUAACGACGAUACGGUAAGUAAACGUGAAAUAACAAAAAAAGCUGGAGCAGUUGAACAAAAUAGUUAUAUAGAGAACGGGCAGUUGGAUUCCAGCAAAAUUCAAGGAGUGAGUUCUAAUGUUGAAGAAAGUAACACAGAGACGUCCUUAUCCCAUGAGACAACUGAAACUAGUAAGAAAUCAGUAAGUGCAACUGAGUUAGGGGAAAUAAUGCCAUCUAAGAGUUCUGGCGGAUGUGAUAAAUCAGAAAACAAACUAGACUUAACAAAUCCGAAUGAAGAUCUAAAAGAAGUCAAAUCGGAGGGUAAUUUAGAUCUAGAGUCCAAAAAAAGUGAUACUGAUGUCGACCUAGAAUCUAAUUCCCAAAUAAUGACAAAAAAUGAUAAUAAGCGAGAAGCCAACAUAAACGAAAUGACAAAUAUGGAAAAAUCAUCAGAUGAUACACAAAUUGUUGAUAGGGAUUAUAGUCUUAAAGAUUUUCAGGGUUCUAUGAAUAAUCAAGAUAUGUUCUUGCAAGACGAUGAAUUAACUGAUUUGAUUAACGAAGAGACUGAACGGCAAACUUCACACAAAAAUGGUUUAAAACGAGAAGCAUCUCCAGAUGAAUCUGUUGAUUUAUCAGAAUCAAUUAAAUCCCUAGAAGAGUCAUUCCCAAAUCCUAAAUCUUAUGAUGACUCAAAUCCUUUCUACGGGUCUGAUAUGGCACCUUUAGUGAGAGUUAAAAGAAAAGAUGCAGAUUCUGCAAUAAUGAAAAGAUCGGCUAGUGUCAUAGCAGAUUCCAACGUGCCAUAUUUUCCUAAUAAGGGCGAAAAUGACGACGAGGACAAUGACGAAGGAAGUGAAUUCGACGAAGAUGGAUUUUAUGAUCGAACGUCUAAUUUUGCAAGGAACAAUGAUAAACCUUUUGACACUUCCUGUGCAAAAGAAGACGACAGAAUAUUUAAUCAAAAAGCUAGCCAUAGUUAUGGUAAUGCAAACUUGGAAAGCGACACCGCGAAUCUCGGCUCGGACACGGAUAAUGCGAUGACUGGAGCCGAAGGCAUCAAUGACAACCUGAUGUACAGCGCGCUUCGUGAUCGACGCACUUCGGAAGAGAAUGAUAACAACAAGGUAUUGGACGACAAAAUUAAAGAUACCUUGCCGGAACGUCGUUUGCGGUCUACACCCUUGAUGGAUAAUCAAGCUAAAACUGUAUCCGAGACUAAUAUAAAUGUACCCGUUCCGGGCUAUCAAGAAAAUGACGCUUUCGGACCUCUACCGCGGAGCUAUGAAGGAGAUUUGGGUAGGUAUAAAAGAAUUAGGCGCGUGAAGCAAAUGCCGAUGUUUCAAGAUAAUCUUACCCAGACUGAAUAACUAUUUAGUUCUUACGUAAUACUAU